AUGGAUCGCCACCAAAUAGUGGUGUUCCUGGCGCUGUUCGUCCACGUCACACUCGUCUGGUCAAAGGCGGUCGACUUGCCGCAACAGCAAGUGGCCUUCCCAAACGACGACGCGUCAUCUCAAGCGUCUCUCAAGCGGGACAAAAAGUCGCCGAGCAAUGAUUACGCUCAACCCGGUCUGCAGCAACCGGCAGUCGCACAAAGCCGCAUCGGAGUGCCAGAUCAUGGUUAUGGCGUCGACGACCACCACGACCACCAUCACGAGCACCAUGACGAGCCACUGAAAGGCUACUGGAAGAAGAAGCUCAUCUGGAAGCCUGAUUGGGUCAAAACAUGGAAACCAGGCAAGAAACAGAUCUGGAAGCCUUCAUGGAAAAAAAUCUACAAGCCAAUUUGGGUACCGACGAAGAAACAGGGUUGGAAAGAGGUGCAUGUACCGGUCUGGAAAAAAAUAUACAAGCCAAUAUGGGUGCCAAUCAAGGUGCCAGCAUGGAAAGAAAUUCAAGUACCAGACUGGAAGAAGGUCUACAAGCCAGUGUGGAAACACAUCGAAGUACCCGCGUGGAAGGAGGAACAGGUGCCGGACUGGCAUAAGAUACAUGUACCCGAGUUGGUCAAGGCGUACGUACCAGGAUCUAAGCACCUCGGCAAGGACUACCACGGAUGGGAGUACGAAGCGCACGACCUGUGGAAGAAGAAAGUCGUAUGGAAGGUCCACUGGAAGAAAGUAUGGAAGACAGUGAAGAAACAAAUCUGGGUGCCAUCCAAGAAGCUUGAAUGGAAGGAGGACUGGGUGCAAAUCUGGAAGCCCGCGAAGAAACAGAUCUGGGUGAAGGACAAGAAGUUGGAGUGGAAGGAAGACUGGAAGCAGAUCUGGCGCACCGAAAAGAAACAGAUCUGGGUUCAAGACAAGAAGCUCGAAUGGAAGGAAGAUUGGAAACAAGAAUGGAAAACAGAAAAACACGAGAUCUGGAUCCCUGACAAGAAAUUGGAAUGGAAAGAAGAUUGGAAACAGAUUUGGAUACCCGACUGGAAAGAAAUUUGGCUGCCAGCGUGGAAGAAAAUCUGGAAGCCCGUGUGGAUAUCCGAAUGGUUCCCGAUAGAGGAACACCAUCACCACCACGAGGAGCACCAUGAUUCUCAUGGGCAUGAUGGGUACAAGAAAAAAUGA